AGCGGCAGCAGACGCGUCUGGCUCUGCCUCUCUGUGCCGAGCGCUGGCGAUCGGAGUCACCCGGCCUUGUUCUGAGGCUGGGCACCAAGCUCCUGUCGCUGGCUACACUGAGAGUGCUCCCAAAUUCAAACCCAGAUCCUUCUGCCAGGCAGAAGCACGGGUUCAAAGAUGGAGUUUACUGGAAAAGGAAAAACCUCUGAAGGAAAAGGCCUGUCUGGCUACCCGCUUGCCAAGAGGUUUUCCCUGGAAAGUCCCUCUAUGCUCUUUCCCUCCAAGCCAUUGCCUCCCAUCCAGAAGAGCUCUCCUUCUACCAAGCCAAGCCUGAUAUGCAGCGGAGAGCGGAAGAAUGGGAAAGAUGGCAUUGGCUAUGCUGAGAACAUGAGAAAAGAAGAGGAGCUGAGUUCAGAGGGACAAGGAUAUAAGGCUUCCUUGCUGUGUUCCAGUGGAGGGGAUAUGAAGAAGGGGUCAUUGGGACCACCUCUGAUCCCCCCCAUAGGCAAGGCAGUAAGUCCCCCUCUUGGCAGUGCUGUGGGCUCUCUGCAAAGCUCUCUGCAGCUGGAAUUCCAGGAGUCCCAGGAGAUGAGGUCAGGAUGCAGCAGCAGAAGCAAGGAGGAGAACUCUGAACAUGCAGGCUUCCUUGCUGUGUUCCAGUGGAGGGGAUAUGAAGAAGGGGUCAUUGGGACCACCUCUGAUCCCCCCCAUAGGCCAAGAUCCAGCAGCAGAAGCAAGGAGGAGAACUCUGAACAUGCAGGCGUGACUAGGUUCAUUUUCUCCAAGUCUUUCCGGCCAUGUCCCUCUUCGCUCCUUCCCUCAAAGCCAUUGCCUCCCAUCAGGAUCAGCUCUCCUUCUUCUAACAACAAUAAAAUGUACAGCAUGGAGAAAGAGAACAAGCAAAGUGGCACUGGCUAUGAUAAUGACAGUAGAAAACACCAGGAGCAGAGUUCAGAAGGAAAAAGUUAUAAGGCUUCCUUGCUGUAUUCCAGUGGAGGGGAUAUGAAGAAGGGGUCAUUGGGACCACCUCUGAUCCCCCCCAUAGGCAAGGCAGUAAGUCCCCCUCUUGGCAGUGCUGUGGGCUCUCUGCAAAGCUCUCCGCAGCUGCAAUCCCAGGAGUCCCAGGAGAUGAGGCCAAGAUCCAACAGCAGAAGCAAGGAGGAGAACUCUGAACAUGCUGGCCUCCCACUGAGCCAGGCCAAGGAGAUGGAUCAUCACACCAAUCCUGGUCUUACGAGUGACACAGACCUGAGGGAAGGUUUUGGAAAGAUCCGUGCUGCAUUGUGCAUGUUGGCUCAAAAGAACUUAGAGCGGAAGGACGCAGAGCAUUUGGAGAGAGAGAUGAAGAAAAGGAGGCAAAGGAAAACAUCCUUGCAACCCAUUCUGGAGACAGUUGAGCCCGGGGAUGAAGCUGAAGCAAGCUUUAGCCUACCACCUGUUGAUGGCACAGCUUCUAGAGUGCAGAGAAAACAGCCUGGUAGUGCCUUGAAGAAGAAGGUCUUGAAGAAGCAGGACAAUGUGUCCCUACUGCCCAAUAGGCCCAUCAUCCAUGGGGCUGGCAGCUUCCCACGCAGCUCCUCAGUGACCUCGCAGACGGCCACUGGUGCCCAGCGCCGAGAGGAGCCGCUCCGUGGGCAUGGGCAGAAGGGCAGAGCCUCUCCAGACCCACAGCACUCCUUGCUGGAGGCACUCUCCUUGCUCAGCAGCGAUGACUGGGAGCUGAAGGAGAAGGGACUCUACAACAUCAAACACCUGGCUGGGUCCCAUUCAGAGGUCCUGCUGUGUAGACUUCAUGACGUUUGCUUGGCAGUUACCAGCGAGGUGGCCAACCUCCGUUCCAAGGUGUCCUACUCUGCAAUUGUCACUCUGGGAGAGCUCUUUGCGACCUUGAAGAAGAACAUGGACUCUGAGGUGGAUGAGGUUGCUCGGGUCCUUCUGCAGAUGGUGUCCAACUCCCCAGAAUUUGUUCAGAAAGCAGCCAGUCAGACCCUGGGGAUCAUGGUGGAGAAUGUGACUCCUGCACGAGCAAUGACUGCUCUCAUGGACAUGGGAGUCAAGAGCUGCCACGCCCAGGUGCGGAAGUGUGGGGCCGAGCUCCUCCUGUCCCUGAUGGAGAGAAUUGGAGUCACAAAGCUGGCAGGCACAGCCAGGGCUGAGAGGCUGGCACACGUGGCAGGGAAGCUUGCUCAGGACUGUCACCAGGACACAAGGCAUUAUGGACAGGAGAUGGUGAAGAUGUUGCUCAAUCAUCAAAAAUUUAAAAUGCUUUUGGAACGAUCUCUUUCCACCAGUGACCUGGAAGAUAUUCUGACAAGAAUGAAGAAGAAAGGGAUGGAAAACCAGAAGGCUGAACACCCAUCUGUCAAGGAGCUGGUGAAGAAGAGGAACGAUGGCUCCAAGAAGCCCCAGGCCACAUUGUCUUCUAGCAAACGGGUGAAAUCUACCUCUGAUGGAUGCCUCCUACACCGUGCACAAGCCCAGGUCACGUUACCUCCAGUUGAGGAAGAAACGGAGCUGCUCCAGAAGCUUUACAAUCUCCUGGAGGCCAAGGGGUUUCAGACGCACAUGGAAGGAGUGUCACUCCUCCAAGACCUGUGCAAAACCAGCCCCCAGCUCAUCUCCACUAACAUUGUCCAAAUUUUUGAAUAUUUUGUCCUGAGAAUAUCUGACAGCCACAAGAAAGUGAAGCAGAAGGCGCUGGACGUGCUAGCUGAAAUCACAGGCGUCCUGAAAGAUGCCUUGAACCCGGUGAUCAUUGGUUUGGUGGAAGGAAUAACGAAGAACCUGAACUCCAAGGAUCCCAGGGUUCGUGCCGCAGCUGUGAAAGCACUGGAAGAAUCCAUUGCUCAUUUAGAUAAAGUAUCACUGCUGAAAGAGUUCAGCUACCAGUGGAAUCAACUGAGUGGCCAAGCUCUGCUGGAUGUCACGGAGUGUAUCACAGGUAUGGCCUCCCCUUCUAGGCCAAGAGGUCUUCCCAGGGAGUAUUUACAGGCAAUGCCUGUGAACAGACAGCAGAGUAGCUCCUCCAAACCAGGAGGUGCUGAGCUUGUCCCUCCUGCCCAGUGCCCAAGGCAGGUGUAUUUGGCAGGUUUCCCUGGCUGCUGCAGAGCUGUGCAGCACCUGAGAUGGGGCAGAGCUCGGCCUCGGGGCUGAGCUCCCACUGGGGCAUCUCAGAACCCAGCUCCAGGAAAGGGAGGGACUCAAAAUACCCCAGCUGGCUCCUCUCUUGGAAGCUCAGGGACAUCUGUCAUCUUUUCGGGAAAAUGGUGCCAAAUGCUGUUUCAGGGGAUCAGUUUGUUUUGUCCUCACAGAACUCUUGUUUUUCUCUUGGAAAGCUUUGAGGCUGAACUGUGCAGAGCCUGGGGUCACAGCUUAGGUCAAAACUCAACAGAUGUAUUAGAGGCAGGGAUUUAGUGCAAGGCAGCCUUUGGGGGCAGAGGGGCAGAAGCAGAGUGCUGAGGCUCCCUGCCUGUGCUGUCAAAGUGGCACUGGACUGAGCAUUUCAGGGUGUGCAAACAGUGUCUGCCUGUGUCAGCACUGUCCAAAAUGUUACAAAUGCAGCUGAUAAUUGAUUCCUCAGAGGUGCUUGCUAUGUCAGCAAUAGCCAAGGAAUGGGAAAAUUAUAAUCCCAAUAUAUAGUAGAACAGACUAUUGAUGGCCUUGCUUUAACUGGGGCUAAAGCCACUGCUAAUUAGGCCAACAUCUUUGAAUGCAAGGUUUAAUACACUUUGUGUCUUCAUUGGGAAUCUCAAAAGGGCAUGUUCAGCAAUUGGGAAUGUCAAAGGCCCUUUAAAGAGCUUUGAAAAAAGUAGAUCUCCAGCAACAGGGAAUUUAGUUUUACAGAUCUUUUGAUCUCUUUUUCAAAUAAAGGAAUGAAACAUAAAUUAGGACUACUUUAGAAAAAGUAGAUGUUCUCUCUGAGAUUCAGUAGGAAGAGACAGCUGUUCCUUACCUUCAAUAGUCACCAAUGUCUUUAAUUGCAUUUAAACUCAAAUGAAUUCCCAUGUUAAAAUGGGUAUCAUAACCCUUUUCCUGCUUAGCACAAUUGGGGUUUGGGUACUUUCAGGAGCUGUUUUAAUAUUGAUGACUGCCAGUGGAUUAAAAGCAUAGAGAAAAUGAAGUCUCUUCCACCACAGAAUAAUAAAUGGCUACUAGAUAACAUUUUGCCUGAUCAGAAAAUAAGAAUGGUCUCCAGAGCUUUUCAGGAUUUGAGCUUUCAGCCAAAUCUGCCAUGCAAGGAGCCUGUUGGUAGUAAAUUUUUGUCUGUGUUUGACAUAGUUUGGUUCAGAAAAUGAGCAGAGAGCAGUUUUCAGAGACAAUAUGAGAAAAUACUUGUGUUUUGGAUGAAUUUCAGUCCCUUGUGUAGCAUUUUGCUCUCUCUAUGCCCCUAGUUCAGUGGACAUUAUAAGAAAAAAUGCCAUUAAGAUUGGGAGGGGAAAUGGCAUUAAAAUGUGGAGAUGCUCAAAUGCCAUAGCAAUGGGGUCUGGAUAAUUCUCUAAGGCACCCUGAGGUUUGAAACAGCUGCUUGUUGGAAGCCCCAGAAGCAUUCUGCCAAAGACACCAGCUAGUCACUGAUGUUUCCAAUCCAACUGUCAAGCAGCAGCCAUCUCUGGUGGGCUGGAGUUUUGAGGUGUGUUCUAAUCCUGCCCUUUGCAGUGUGCCACUGAGCAAAGGGAAGAGCCAGAUUAAACAUAUGGCACUUGACAUCAAAGUUAUGAAAAUGGAAUCAUCCCUUUUAUUGGAAAUCCCUCCAUUUCCUCUCUACGGUGCUUUUCCAAAUCUUCAGUGUGGGUUUAGACAACUUCUUAAUGGAAAUAAAAAGCAACUGGACAUUUCAUUCAUUGCUCAUGCAGAAAGUGAUUGUGCAAUAAUUUAGUAAAGGUACAAAGUCUGCCACAGGGACAAGGCUGUGGUUGGAGAAAUUAGUCCUGAGGGGUUGGUGGUUCUGUUUCCAGGAUGAUCAGCUGCUUUGCCCGUUUCUGGAUCAUGGGGCUCUGUGCUAUUUUGCUGAUCUUAGCCAGAAGGCUUCCAAUUAGCAAGAGCAGAGGUAGAUCCCUGUUUGCAUUAAGGCUGGUGGUUGAGAAGCUGUGUCUCUCUCCCGGCAGUGCUUGUGGAGUGGGUUUAUGCCAGGAGCCCUGAAGUGGUCCAGCACGACGCCCUGCCCGUGCUCUGGUCCUUCCUGGAGAACAAGGCGCUGCCGGUGCGAAGCGCCAAUGUCCGCACUGUGGCCACCAAGCUUGCCUCUGCCCUCUACAAGGUGAUGGGCACCAAGCUGAAGAGAUGUGCUGCCAGCCAGCCUCCACAUGUGCGGGAAAACCUCUCCAAAAUGUUGGGCUGGUGAAGGCAUGAUGUUCUCCAGAGAGAUGACAACGUGCUGAGUUGGACACCUCCAGAUCUGCCUUGUUAGCUGUGCCAAAAGAGACCAAAUGCUAAGGAAGGGUGUGCACCUGCCCCCUCUCUCUCCAUCGCCCUUCCUAGUCAUGGCAUGGGGGGCCCGAAGCAACUCCAGACUGAGGACAAGGUGAAGGCUGAUCAUGGCUCAGCCUCACACAGAGAUGUGACUGGUUACAGUCUUACUGAGAAGGUUCCUCUGGACAAUUCCCAUGGUGCCUUACCCACAAAGUCCUUGCCUGCUGUACAGAAGAGCUCUCUUUUCUCCAAGUUCAGGAAGAAGCUGCUGCCUGUAUGAAGAUUGUUUGAAGAAUAGGAUUUAUAUGUUAGGUUUUGUAGUAGAUGUACAUAUGUUCUGAUCCUUAGAUGUAGUUUUGAAUAAAUGUGUUUUGAUUGUACCUUUAAAUCUUGAUUACAUAUUUUUAAUUGUAUAUAUUUUAUACUAAUGAUGAAAAAAAAGUAAAUAAAUAAAUUAAAUUUAAAUAAACCGGGAGAAGAAUGUGA